AUGCUCGUUGGUACCCUCCCUUCUGCUACGCUCUAUAAUGCGGUCCCCGUAUUUGCUCCAGCCUAUCGACCUGCAGCCUUCCCUUCACGCUUCUCCAACAUCAACUGCAUCGUUAUCAAGUACCGCACAGAUGGUACGCAUGUCCGGACUCUCCUCCCAGACAACUUGACUAUCGAAGACAAGCCGAUCAUUACAACUCGGUUAAUCUCUUAUGGUUGCUCGCCUAUCGGACCAUACCAUGAGUUGCUACAAAGUGUAGAAGUGGAGUUCAACGGCACCAAAUACGACUACUCACUCCUCAUCAUUCUGGAUAAUGAGGAUGCGGCCUAUUCGGGUCGAGAGUUGUGGGGGUCACCGAAAGUACUGGGCUCCUUCGACUUCCCCAAGACGGAGUGGACGGGUUUUAUCGGGGUCGUCGACUUCCCCAUCGCAGAUAUCCUCUUCAAACCAACCGUACUGUUGGAUAUAGAGGAACAUGUCGAACCGGGUUUAAAUACUCUGUUCUUGCGCAUCCUCCCUUCCCCGAUGCCCGACAAGACGCCUCACAUACGUCAAUUCACCGAGGUGGAAUUCAAGCUACAGCACCGGCAGAUCUGGGAGGGUGUGGCAUCAAUCAACUUCCCUUCUCAGUCUAUGUUUGAUCCCCUCCAUCUCACACCUGUAGAGGAGUAUAUCUCGGCGCACUAUUCCAGAGGGACAUCUGCUACAAUUACACCGGUCGAUAUUCACAACUUCUAA